AAACAGUCCCUUGUUAAUCCGCGAGGAAGAAAGUAGUAGUGAAACCGAUCCGGAAAAGAUGUGCAGUAGAACAUUUUAGAGAAAUAAUUUAGUGUCUAUGGAUAAGCGCCAUGUUCGAGCAGUUGACGAUUAUCGUCCAGUUUUUACAAGUGUGAAAGCGUAAUCAAGGCCCUCGCUGUUGGGAAGCCAUUGACGUUGAUUGGGGCUUGGCAGCCAAAACUUCGUAGCAAGAGACCAGCAAGUAGCUGUCAGUCUUAAACCAGAAUGGACUCCUGGGUUCAGUUCAACUCGCAAAGCCAAGCCAAGGAGAGGAUUAUACGGGCUGCUCAAUAUGCCUGCACACUACUGGGCUACACACUGCACAAAGGUGGAGCAGGAGCAGAACUUCGCAGAACUGUUAGUCAACUGGAAGCACACAUGAGCCUGACGAGGAAGUUGCUGCGUCUGGGGAACUCGGUUGAGGCAAUGGAGGCAGCAAAGAGGGCUAUCCAUCUCUCUGACGGCAUACUGAGGCUUUGCCUCACAGUCAGCCACCUCAACAGAGCAAUGUACUUCGCCUGCGACAAUGUCCUCUGGGCGGGGAAGACGGGCCUCAUAUCCAAACUGGACCAGCACAAGUGGAGCCAGAGAUCUUUUAAGUACUACCUUUUUGCUCUGAUCCUCAACCUGACUCGUGAUGUGUAUGAACUACAUCUUCUCAUGGAGCGAGAAGGACGCCACAGAGCGGCCAAAUCUCCCCCCUCACGUGACCCGGGCCCCACACUGAUGGCCCCUGACCUGUCCUCCCCCUCGUCGCCAGCUGCUGCCGCUUCGGCCGCCCUGCCCUACCUGUCCACGUGGCUACAUGGGCGGCUCCACCUUUUAGCGACAGUGCUGCACGGCAACCCACCACUUCUGUUGGAUCUGCUGAAGAACUCGUGCGACAUCUUCAUCCCACUGGACCGCCUGGCCAUUUACCCCACUGGGACAGGCUUUGUCGGUGCCUGUGGGCUGGCCUCUUCCUUGCUGUCCAUCCUCACCAUUGUCCAUCCCUGGCUUAAACUCAAGCCAUGAAGUCAUGGAUAUUGAGGAACGAUGACUUAAUGGAGUUUCGUUAAGACUUGGAUCAGCUCAGAGUCGGUGGUGGGUUGUAUAUUUGGUACCUGGGCCUUUAGUAUAGACUGACCACCUCUUUAUACAAGUUGCAAUUUUAGAAACUAUCAAAAAUGAAUAUAAAUGCAUGCAACUAUGCUCA